AUGGGGAUUUCAAGAGAAUCUGUCUCUUUUUCCCAAGGACCCCAGGUGCCUCUGGGAUCAUGCAUUACCCUCGAUGUCCUGAGAGCUGUGGAGCUGAAGUACUGCAUUGGCAAUGGCAGUGUCAAUUUCCCGUCUCAGCAGAUUCCAGGCAUCAUCCUCAACAACACACAAGUCAUCAUUGGUGGCCAGUCCCAAAUUGUGACCAUCAACAGGCAAUGGCACGUGGCAAUCAUUGAGCAAAUGACUGGCAGCUUCUCCUGGAAAACCAUCUGGAACUACAACACGGGCGUCAUUGCAACCAAAGUCACGCAACAGAACACCUGCUACAUUUCCAUCAUGAACAGAAGCGAGAUGCCCCGCUUUGACAAUCUGGCGCGCCUGGCACAAGAGAGCAGGAACCUGCUCGGUCUUGGAAGGCCGACCAAGAAGAUCACCUUUGUCACCAAUGGAUUGGUCAACAACCUCAACUCCUACGGAAUAGACAUCACCGCUAUGUGCAGCGGACUCACCACCUACAUGGCUUACGAAGUUCACACUUUCCAAGGACCCCAGGUGCCUCUGGGCCCAUGCAUUACCCUCGAUGUCCUGAGAGCUGUGGAGCUUCAGUACUGCAAUGGCAAUGGUCAGUCUCAGCAGAUUCCAGGCAUCAUCCUCAACAACACACAAGUCAUCAUUGGUGGCCAGUCCCAAAUUGUGACCAUCAACAGGCAAUGGCACGUGGCAAUCAUUGAGCAAAUGACUGGCAGCUUCUCCUGGAAAACCAUCUGGAACUACAACAUGGGCGUCAUUGCAACCAAAGUCACGCAACAGAACACCUGCUACAUUUCCAUCAUGAACAGAAGCGAGACGCCCCGCUUUGACAAUCUGGCGCGCCUGGCACAAGAGAGCAGGAACCUGCUCGGUCUUGGAAGGCCGACCAAGAAGAUCACCUUUGUCACCAAUGGAUUGGUCAACAACCUCAACUCCUACGGAAUAGACAUCACCGCUAUGUGCAGCGGACUCACCACCUACAUGGCUUACGAAGUUCACAGACCCCAGGUGCCUCUGGGAUCAUGCAUUACCCUCGAUGUCCUGAGAGCUGUGGAGCUGAAGUACUGCAUUGGCAAUGGCAGUUCUCAGCAGAUUCCAGGCAUCAUCCUCAACAACACACAAGUCAUCAUUGGUGGCCAGUCCCAAAUUGUGACCAUCAACAGGCAAUGGCACGUGGCAAUCAUUGAGCAAAUGACUGGCAGCUUCUCCUGGAAAACCAUCUGGAACUACAACACGGGCGUCAUUGCAACCAAAGUCACGCAACAGAACACCUGCUACAUUUCCAUCAUGAACAGAAGCGAGAUGCCCCGCUUUGACAAUCUGGCGCGCCUGGCACAAGAGAGCAGGAACCUGCUCGGUCUUGGAAGGCCGACCAAGAAGAUCACCUUUGUCACCAAUGGAUUGGUCAACAACCUCAACUCCUACGGAAUAGACAUCACCGCUAUGUGCAGCGGACUCACCACCUACAUGGCUUACGAAGUUCACAGACCCCAGGUGCCUCUGGGCCCAUGCAUUACCCUCGAUGUCCUGAGAGCUGUGGAGCUUCAGUACUGCAAUGGCAAUGGCAAUUGGAAUGGCAACUGGAAUGGCAACUGGAAUGGCAACUGGAAUGGCAACUGGAAUGGCAAUUGGAAUGGCAAUGGCAACUGGAACGGCAAUUGGAAUGGUGGUAACAAUUGGAAUGGCAAUGGCAAUUGGAAUGGCGGUAACAACUGGAAUGGCGGCAACAAUUGGAAUGGCAAUGGCAAUUGGAAUGGCGGUAACAACUGGAAUGGCGGUAACAAUUGGAAUGGCGGUAUCAAUUGGAAUGGAGGUUGGAACGGUGGUAACAAUUGGAAUGGCAACUGGAAUGGCGGUUGGAACGGCGGUAACAAUUGGAAUGGCAGUGGCAUUUGGAAUGGCAACUGGAGUGGCAACGGACAGUCUCAGCAGAUUCCAGGCAUCAUCCUCAACAACACACAAGUCAUCAUUGGUGGCCAGUCCCAAAUUGUGACCAUCAACAGGCAAUGGCACGUGGCAAUCAUUGAGCAAAUGACUGGCAGCUUCUCCUGGAAAACCAUCUGGAACUACAACACGGGCGUCAUUGCAACCAAAGUCACGCAACAGAACACCUGCUACAUUUCCAUCAUGAACAGAAGCGAGAUGCCCCGCUUUGACAAUCUGGCGCGCCUGGCACAAGAGAGCAGGAACCUGCUCGGUCUUGGAAGGCCGACCAAGAAGAUCACCUUUGUCACCAAUGGAUUGGUCAACAACCUCAACUCCUACGGAAUAGACAUCACCGCUAUGUGCAGCGGACUCACCACCUACAUGGCUUACGAAGUUCACACUUUCCAAGGACCCCAGGUGCCUCUGGGCCCAUGCAUUACCCUCGAUGUCCUGAGAGCUGUGGAGCUUCAGUACUGCAAUGGCAAUGGUCAGUCUCAGCAGAUUCCAGGCAUCAUCCUCAACAACACACAAGUCAUCAUUGGUGGCCAGUCCCAAAUUGUGACCAUCAACAGGCAAUGGCACGUGGCAAUCAUUGAGCAAAUGACUGGCAGCUUCUCCUGGAAAACCAUCUGGAACUACAACACGGGCGUCAUUGCAACCAAAGUCACGCAACAGAACACCUGCUACAUUUCCAUCAUGAACAGAAGCGAGAUGCCCCGCUUUGACAAUCUGGCGCGCCUGGCACAAGAGAGCAGGAACCUGCUCGGUCUUGGAAGGCCGACCAAGAAGAUCACCUUUGUCACCAAUGGAUUGGUCAACAACCUCAACUCCUACGGAAUAGACAUCACCGCUAUGUGCAGCGGACUCACCACCUACAUGGCUUACGAAGUUCACAGACCCCAGGUGCCUCUGGGAUCAUGCAUUACCCUCGAUGUCCUGAGAGCUGUGGAGCUGAAGUACUGCAUUGGCAAUGGCAGUUCUCAGCAGAUUCCAGGCAUCAUCCUCAACAACACACAAGUCAUCAUUGGUGGCCAGUCCCAAAUUGUGACCAUCAACAGGCAAUGGCACGUGGCAAUCAUUGAGCAAAUGACUGGCAGCUUCUCCUGGAAAACCAUCUGGAACUACAACACGGGCGUCAUUGCAACCAAAGUCACGCAACAGAACACCUGCUACAUUUCCAUCAUGAACAGAAGCGAGAUGCCCCGCUUUGACAAUCUGGCGCGCCUGGCACAAGAGAGCAGGAACCUGCUCGGUCUUGGAAGGCCGACCAAGAAGAUCACCUUUGUCACCAAUGGAUUGGUCAACAACCUCAACUCCUACGGAAUAGACAUCACCGCUAUGUGCAGCGGACUCACCACCUACAUGGCUUACGAAGUUCACAGACCCCAGGUGCCUCUGGGCCCAUGCAUUACCCUCGAUGUCCUGAGAGCUGUGGAGCUUCAGUACUGCAAUGGCAAUGGCAAUUGGAAUGGCAACUGGAAUGGCAACUGGAAUGGCAACUGGAAUGGCAACUGGAAUGGCAAUUGGAAUGGCAAUGGCAACUGGAACGGCAAUUGGAAUGGUGGUAACAAUUGGAAUGGCAAUGGCAAUUGGAAUGGCGGUAACAACUGGAAUGGCGGCAACAAUUGGAAUGGCAAUGGCAAUUGGAAUGGCGGUAACAACUGGAAUGGCGGUAACAAUUGGAAUGGCGGUAUCAAUUGGAAUGGAGGUUGGAACGGUGGUAACAAUUGGAAUGGCAACUGGAAUGGCGGUUGGAACGGCGGUAACAAUUGGAAUGGCAGUGGCAUUUGGAAUGGCAACUGGAGUGGCAACGGACAGUCUCAGCAGAUUCCAGGCAUCAUCCUCAACAACACACAAGUCAUCAUUGGUGGCCAGUCCCAAAUUGUGACCAUCAACAGGCAAUGGCACGUGGCAAUCAUUGAGCAAAUGACUGGCAGCUUCUCCUGGAAAACCAUCUGGAACUACAACACGGGCGUCAUUGCAACCAAAGUCACGCAACAGAACACCUGCUACAUUUCCAUCAUGAACAGAAGCGAGAUGCCCCGCUUUGACAAUCUGGCGCGCCUGGCACAAGAGAGCAGGAACCUGCUCGGUCUUGGAAGGCCGACCAAGAAGAUCACCUUUGUCACCAAUGGAUUGGUCAACAACCUCAACUCCUACGGAAUAGACAUCACCGCUAUGUGCAGCGGACUCACCACCUACAUGGCUUACGAAGUUCACAUUUCCCAAGGACCCCAGGUGCCUCUGGGAUCAUGCAUUACCCUCGAUGUCCUGAGAGCUGUGGAGCUGAAGUACUGCAUUGGCAAUGGCAGUGUCAAUUUCCCGUCUCAGCAGAUUCCAGGCAUCAUCCUCAACAACACACAAGUCAUCAUUGGUGGCCAGUCCCAAAUUGUGACCAUCAACAGGCAAUGGCACGUGGCAAUCAUUGAGCAAAUGACUGGCAGCUUCUCCUGGAAAACCAUCUGGAACUACAACACGGGCGUCAUUGCAACCAAAGUCACGCAACAGAACACCUGCUACAUUUCCAUCAUGAACAGAAGCGAGAUGCCCCGCUUUGACAAUCUGGCGCGCCUGGCACAAGAGAGCAGGAACCUGCUCGGUCUUGGAAGGCUGACCAAGAAGAUCACCUUUGUCACCAAUGGAUUGGUCAACAACCUCAACUCCUACGGAAUAGACAUCACCGCUAUGUGCAGCGGACUCACCACCUACAUGGCUUACGAAGUUCACACUUUCCAAGGACCCCAGGUGCCUCUGGGCCCAUGCAUUACCCUCGAUGUCCUGAGAGCUGUGGAGCUUCAGUACUGCAAUGGCAAUGGUCAGUCUCAGCAGAUUCCAGGCAUCAUCCUCAACAACACACAAGUCAUCAUUGGUGGCCAGUCCCAAAUUGUGACCAUCAACAGGCAAUGGCGCAUGGCAAUCAUUGAGCAAAAAAGCAUCAUCGGGUCCUGGAAAACCAUCUGGAAUUACAACACGGGCGUCAUUGCAACCAAAGUCACGCAACAGAACACCUGCUACAUUUCCAUCAUGAACAGAAGCGAGAUGCCCCGCUUUGACAAUCUGGAGCGCCUGGCACAAGAGAGCAGGAACCUGCUCGGUCUUGGAAGGCCGACCAAGAAGAUCACCUUUGUCACCAAUGGAUUGGUCAACAACCUCAACUCCUACGGAAUAGACAUCACCGCUAUGUGCAGCGGACUCACCACCUACAUGGCUUACGAAGUUCACAGACCCCAGGUGCCUCUGGGAUCAUGCAUUACCCUCGAUGUCCUGAGAGCUGUGGAGCUGAAGUACUGCAUUGGCAAUGGCAGUUCUCAGCAGAUUCCAGGCAUCAUCCUCAACAACACACAAGUCAUCAUUGGUGGCCAGUCCCAAAUUGUGACCAUCAACAGGCAAUGGCGCAUGGCAAUCAUUGAGCAAAAAAGCAUCAUCGGGUCCUGGAAAACCAUCUGGAAUUACAACACGGGCAUCAUUGCAACCAAAGUCACGCAACAGAACACCUGCUACAUUUCCAUCAUGAACAGAAGCGAGAUGCCCCGCUUUGACAAUCUGGCGCGCCUGGCACAAGAGAGCAGGAACCUGCUCGGUCUUGGAAGGCCGACCAAGAAGAUCACCUUUGUCACCAAUGGAUUGGUCAACAACCUCAACUCCUACGGAAUAGACAUCACCGCUAUGUGCAGCGGACUCACCACCUACAUGGCUUACGAAGUUCACAGACCCCAGGUGCCUCUGGGAUCAUGCAUUACCCUCGAUGUCCUGAGAGCUGUGGAGCUGAAGUACUGCAUUGGCAAUGGCAGUUCUCAGCAGAUUCCAGGCAUCAUCCUCAACAACACACAAGUCAUCAUUGGUGGCCAGUCCCAAAUUGUGACCAUCAACAGGCAAUGGCGCAUGGCAAUCAUUGAGCAAAAAAGCAUCAUCGGGUCCUGGAAAACCAUCUGGAAUUACAACACGGGCGUCAUUGCAACCAAAGUCACGCAACAGAACACCUGCUACAUUUCCAUCAUGAACAGAAGCGAGAUGCCCCGCUUUGACAAUCUGGAGCGCCUGGCACAAGAGAGCAGGAACCUGCUCGGUCUUGGAAGGCCGACCAAGAAGAUCACCUUUGUCACCAAUGGAUUGGUCAACAACCUCAACUCCUACGGAAUAGACAUCACCGCUAUGUGCAGCGGACUCACCACCUACAUGGCUUACGAAGUUCACAGACCCCAGGUGCCUCUGGGAUCAUGCAUUACCCUCGAUGUCCUGAGAGCUGUGGAGCUGAAGUACUGCAUUGGCAAUGGCAGUUCUCAGCAGAUUCCAGGCAUCAUCCUCAACAACACACAAGUCAUCAUUGGUGGCCAGUCCCAAAUUGUGACCAUCAACAGGCAAUGGCGCAUGGCAAUCAUUGAGCAAAAAAGCAUCAUCGGGUCCUGGAAAACCAUCUGGAAUUACAACACGGGCAUCAUUGCAACCAAAGUCACGCAACAGAACACCUGCUACAUUUCCAUCAUGAACAGAAGCGAGAUGCCCCGCUUUGACAAUCUGGCGCGCCUGGCACAAGAGAGCAGGAACCUGCUCGGUCUUGGAAGGCCGACCAAGAAGAUCACCUUUGUCACCAAUGGAUUGGUCAACAACCUCAACUCCUACGGAAUAGACAUCACCGCUAUGUGCAGCGGACUCACCACCUACAUGGCUUACGAAGUUCACAGACCCCAGGUGCCUCUGGGAUCAUGCAUUACCCUCGAUGUCCUGAGAGUUGUGGAGCUUCAGUACUGCAUUGGCAGUGGCAAUGGCAACUGGAAUGGCAAUGGCAGUGGCAAUUGGAAUGGCGGUUGGAAUGGUGGUAACAACUGGAAUGGCAGUUGGAAUGGCGGCUGGAACGGUGGUUGGAAUGGCAGCUGGAAUGUCAGUUGGAAUGGCAACGGACAGACAAAUAACCAACAAAUCAUCACUGGUGGAGAUUCUCAAAUCUCCAUCUCUGGUGUCUCUCAAAGCAUGAGUAUCAAUAGUCAAACACAAAAGGCAAUUUUUGAGCAAAAGAGCAACCGUUUGUCUUGGAAAACCAUCUGGAACUACAACACGGGUGUCAUUGCAACAAAAGUGAUGCAAGAGAGGAUGUGCUACAUUUCCACCAUGAACAGAAGUGAGAUGCCCACCUUUGCUGCACUUAUCAAAGUGGCUGCUGAAAGGAGGAACCAGAUUGGCUUUGGAAGACCUACCAAGAAGAUCACCUUUGUUGCCAACGGACUGGUCAACAACCUCAGCUCUUAUGGAUCAGAUGUCUUCUCCAUGUGCAGUGGACUCACCACCUACAUGGCUCAUGAAGUUUAUGGUUGCAAGGAUGCAGAGUUCACUGAGUUCACUGAGGCACCUCUCAGACGAAGCUCGGUGCCACCUCAGCCCUGCUCCCUCCGGCCCUCUGAAGCCGUCCCACACCUCAGCAAAAGAACUAUUGUUUAUUCCUUCAGCAAAGGACUGGAAGGCAUACGAAGCAAGUUUGCAGAUGAUACAAAACGGGGAGGAGCAGUUGACUCCCUUGAAUUCAGGGAGGCCCUGCAGAGGGACCUCAACAAAUUAGAGGGGUGGGCCAUCACCAACUGUUUGAAGUUGAACAAGGAAAUUGCUGGAUUCUGCACCUGGGAUGGGGUAACCCUGGAUAUAAAUGCAGAAUGA